AUAAGGCAUUUUCUUUCCCUCCAUCGCAAACAAACCCAGUAAACCCCUACAAAACAAUUCGCAUAACACAAAGCGCAGUGUUGAGUUUUUCUCCACUCCCCCCAAACCCGAAAAUGUGAAAAACAAAACAUGUCACUGAGGCAAUUCAUCAAACACCUUCAACCCAUUCACAUCACACCCAAAAAACUCUCACCAUUUCCCUUUCUCUUCACUCGUUCUCUUCAAACCACAACCCAAACCCUCCACCAAGACCAAUACCAAGAUCCACAAUCUCUUCUCAAACAAGACCCAAUCGAAAUUUGCACUUCUCUUUGGGUCAAAACUUUCUCUUCCCCAAAAACCACUUCAUUCCCAUAUCUCACCGGUUAUCUCUCCAAUUUCGAUCUUUGGGUCUUCUCUUAUCAACGUUCUUGUGCUCAUGUCACCGGAACUUUCCCUCCUAGAAACGCCAUUCACACCAAUAUCCUACGCGAUCUUCUUUCUUUGCGAAACGCAGUUAUUCGCGGUCGUUUUGUUUGGGAUGAUAAAACUCAUCAAUUGCUUAAACCCCCAAAUGAUAAAACCUACAAAAAACCAUUAUCAAAACGGAAAUUUCAAGUUUUUCUUGAUUCUAAUGAGACUUGUUUUCAAGAUAGGGUUGUUCAGGAGGUUCUGUUGAGUAUUCUGGAACCGGUUUUUGAACCUAAGUUUUCUCCGAAAUCGCAUGCUUUUAGACCGGGGAGAAAUGCACAUACUGUUAUUCGUAGUAUUCGGAGUAAUUUCGCAGGUUAUUUGUGGUUUUUGAAGGGUGAUUUGAGUGAAAUUUUUGAUAGAGUUGAUACUGAUGUUGUGAUGGAAUGUGUUGAAAAGGGUACUAGAGAUAAGAAAGUUUUGGGUUUGAUAAAAUCGGCAUUGAUGGGUCGUGUGUCACGGAGAGUAGUGGAAGGUGAGGUUUUGAAGAAAGAUAAGAAGAGGAAAGCUACUAAGAAGAGGAUUCUUAAAGAGAAUGAACCGAAACCGGAUCCUUAUUGGUUAAGAACAUUCUUUAGUUUUGCUCCUGAGGAAGCUGUUAAGGUACCUUGUUAUGGUCAUUGUGGGAUUUUAAGUCCAUUGCUUGCUAAUGUUUGUCUUAAUGAAUUGGAUCAUAUGAUAGAAAAAAUGGUUGUUGAGUUUUUUAGACCUUGUAAGUUUGAUUCUAUAUGGAAAUAUUCAAUUGAUGAUGCUUGUCAUAACCCUGCUUGGCCUGAGUUUGUUCCGUCGAGUGGUAAAGAGAAAACUAGGAAGAUGGAUUACAUAAGAUAUGGUGGUCAUUUUUUGAUUGGGAUUAGGGGUCCUAGAGAGGAUGCUGUUGAAAUUAGGAAGAAAAUUGUUGAGUUUUGUGAGAAUAGUUUUGGGAUAAGGUUAGAUAAUUCCAAGUUGGAGAUUGACCAUAUUGCAAGGGGUAUUCAGUUCUUGGAUCAUAUAAUAUGCAGAAGGGUGAUACAUCCAACCUUGAGAUAUACAGGUUCUGGAGGUAACAUAGUGAGUAAGAAGGGUGUGGGAACUUUGCUUUCGGUUACUGCUAGCUUACAACAAUGCAUUCGUCAGUUUAGGCGGAUUGAGCUUGUUAAGGGUGAUAAAGACCCCGAGCCACUUCCGUGUAAUCCCAUGUUGUAUUCAGGUCAAGCUCAUACAAACUCACAGAUGAAUAAGUUCCUUGAGACAAUGGCUGAUUGGUAUAAAUAUGCUGAUAAUCGUAAAAAGGUUGUUGGCUUUUGUGCCUACGUGGUUCGCAGCUCUUUGGCUAAGUUGUAUGCUGCUAGGUAUAGGCUGAAAUCUCGUGCCAAAGUGUACGGAAUAGCUUCGCGAAAUCUCAGCCGGCCACUGAGGGAGAGUACCAACAAUUCUGCACCUGAGUAUUCAGAUCUUUUGAGGAUGGGGUUGGUUGAUCCAAUUGAAGGUGUUCAGUUUUCGCAUAUGUCCUUGAUUCCAUCUUGCGAUUAUACUCCGUUUCCGAGAAACUGGAUACCAGAUCAUGAGAGGGUGUUGCAUGAGUACAUAAAACUUGAUAAUCCUAAAUUUUUCUGUGACCUGCUCAGAUAUAUUAAGCAAAAAGGCUUAAGUAUUCCUCAAGAUGAAAUUUCUCAAAUGGUAUGGGACUACAAAACUCUCGGUGUUAGGUAUUUUCGAUCUGACAGGGAUAAAGAAGUAAAAGCUGAUUUAAAGGAGAUAACUGAGUAAGUUUGGUAUUGAUUGAAAAUUAGUGGAAUCUUCUCAAUAUCAAGGCUCUGCUUCAAAAUUGAUGAUCAUCUCAUAGAAAUAUGGUUAUGUGCAUUAUUGAGCAAUUUUCUAUGUUGAGUGUAAAAGUCUUUUAGAUUAUAUUCUAUCUAACAAGAAAUGUUACUAGUUCAUGCUGACAUUAUCUAUACAUGAAAGGUAGAAUGUGUUCUUUGGAAGGGUGAAACUGAGAUAUCACAGUGUUGUAACUUGUAAUUAACUACCAACAAUAUUGAACAUGGCAACAUGUACUAACAGAAUUUUCUGCAUUGUAGAAUUGUGCUUAAGUCAAGCUUUUUCAUUAGAUUUUACAUAAAUGCUGAAAUUUAAAUAUGUUGGGAUCCUUUUCCUCUCUGCAUCAGACCAUAAUGUUUGGUGAUAUAUUUUCUGUAACCUUGUAAGUUGUAACAAUUCUUGUUAUGUUUGGAUGACUUUGUUUUUCCUUUCAGAAACCUGAUCAAAUACAGGUUUGAUCCAAUUUACAAUUGUCUGCACUUUCGGAUGCUC